UGGCCUAACUGGUUAAAAUGUGCCUCUUUGUUAAUGUUGUAUGCAAGGAAUUUACAAUUUAUUUAUAGGUAUAUACGCAUAUAAAGUUGCACAGAUUUUUUUUUUUUUUAAAUAAAAAAAAUAUUUUGGAGUCGGAUUAGAGUGGAAGGUAGAUGAUGGAGAUACGUAACGACGUCGCACUAAAAUGGAGGGAACAGCCUGCGCUGGUCUCUGGAGACGGGUGAGGGAGAGAGAGGACAAGGUGAAGGGUCGUGGCCGCAGCUCCAGGGAAACAAACCAGCUGUCUCUUUAAAAAACGACAACAGCCCAAACCGCCCCGUCUUAGCCCCGGCUAUGCUAAUGAGGUUAGUGCUGGUUGGCUGGCCCUCAAUGGCGCCGCGCGUGAUUGGAGGCUGGGCGUGGGUGAGAGGCUGGGCGUGGAUGACAGCUGGGAUCCAGCCAGCCAAGAGCUAGCUGACAGAGAGGGAGGGAGAAAAGAGCUGUAGAGAGAGAGCGAGCGAGGCAGGAGAGAGAGGAAGACAGACUGACAGACUUCAUAAUGCAAGGUAUCCGACCCCCAAUCCUAAACGGGCCCAUGCAUCCUCGGCCACUGGUGGCCCUGCUGGACGGGCGUGACUGUACUGUGGAAAUGCCCAUCCUAAAAGAUGUAGCCACAGUGGCCUUUUGUGAUGCCCAGUCCACACAAGAGAUUCAUGAGAAGGUGCUAAAUGAGGCGGUGGCUGCCCUGCUGUAUCACACCAUCACUCUGUCCAGAGAUGACUUGGAAAAGUUCAAAGGCCUUCGUGUAAUUGUCAGGAUUGGCUCAGGCUUUGACAAUGUUGAUGUCAAAGCAGCUGCUGAGCUCGGUAUUGCUGUUUGUAACGUGCCGGCAGCCUCAGUGGAAGAGACAGCAGACACUUCAUUAUGUCUGAUCCUCAACUUAUACAGACGAGUCACAUGGAUGCACCAAGCCCUCAGGGAGGGAACCCGAGCGUCUAGUGUGGAGCAGAUUAGGGAGGUGGCUGGUGGUGCUGCUCGUAUCCGUGGCGAGACACUGGGCAUUAUUGGCCUGGGCCGUGUUGGCCAAGCAGUAGCUCUGCGGGCCAAAGCCUUUGGUUUUGGCGUGAUCUUCUAUGACCCCUAUUUGCCCGACGGUGUGGAGCGUUCACUGGGCCUGCAGCGUAUGGCCACCCUGCAGGACCUGCUCAUUCACUCAGACUGUGUAUCUCUGCACUGCAGCCUCAACGAGCACAACCAUCACCUUAUUAAUGACUUCACCAUCAAACAGAUGCGACAGGGAGCCUUCCUGGUAAACACUUCAAGAGGGGGCCUAGUGGAUGAGAAAGCGUUAGCUCAGGCUCUGAAAGAGGGGCGGAUACGAGGGGCUGCACUGGAUGUCCAUGAGACAGAACCGUUCAGUUUUUCAACAGGCCCUCUGAAGGAUGCUCCCAAUCUAAUCUGUACCCCUCACACAUCCUGGUACAGUGAGCAGGCCUCUAUGGAAGCUCGUGAGGAAGCAGCCAGAGAGGUUCGCCGCGCCAUCACCGGACGUAUUCCUGACAGUCUGAAAAACUGUGUGAAUAAGGAAUACCUGAUGGCUGCCUCUCAGUGGCCUAGCAUGGAGGCAGCCACUGUUCACCCUGAACUUAAUGGAGCUGGUUACAGAUUUUCUACUGGUAUAAUUGGUGUUGCAGCAGGGGGUCUCCCAGGAGCACCACCAGGGGUUGAAAGCCUGGUUUCAGGAACCCUGGCUCAUGGCAUCACCCCUGUGUCCCACCCUCCUCAUGCCCACUCCCCUGGGCAGCCCACUAAGGCUGAAGCCGACAGAGACAUCCCCUCCGACCAAUAGCCCCCUUCUGCUGAAGCCAGCACAUUCCGUCACCUCUGGAAACUCACCCCCACCUCCCAGCGUCAGUCACAGCCCAGCCCCUCCAGUACAUCGGCAGCACCGGUUUGACCUGACGUGGAACUACGCAGUCUUGUUUUUCAGAUCGCAUAACCUCACCAGGAGUGACCUAUCUACAGCUACCCUGUCCCAUAUCCCAUCUCACCCAGUCCCUCCAGAACACAUGCAUCCUUCCAUCCUAGUCCUCAUUUUACCCUCUGCACUUCAUGCCCCUCCUACUUCACUCCCAACAAUGUCAGCAAUAACUGCGUUCUCAAGGAUUCAAUUAUUGGAUUGGUUUAUUUCUGUAGUUGGCUGUUUUAAUGGAAAGUGGAUCUAUUGUGGUUCUAGGUGUUAAUGUUUUAGUUUGUUUUUUAAAAAAAGCAUUUCUGCCAUGAGGCUUUACAGUCCGCUGCCUCUUGUAGUCCUCUGCUUUUCACCAGUAGAGGAAUAGAGUCGGAAAGUUUGGAGCCCCUUUUGUACAUUGAUGGCUCAUGUUACCGUUCUCUUUCUGCUCUCCUUAUUCGAUCCCCUUCUCCUGUCUUGUGAUGGGGGGGAAAUGUGUACUAAAGUAUACCAGAGAGAAUCCCAAACAAUACACCCUGUUCUCCCCAUUAGACAUCUAGCUUCACCUCAGCUCAGUUUUGACCUUGGCUUUGUCUGGCACUUGGCAUCAGCUUGUUGAGCACAUGACUAUUCAAAAUCCUUUGUCACCUUUUUACUGCUGUUUGGUUUAACUAUAGUCUUGUCUUUUCACAUGUAUUGUCCCCCUUAUGGAUUAAUUUGUCCUCAGAUAGCUUAGACGUUAAAUGUUAAGCGCUGGUUGGUGUCUUAGGCUAGCAGUCAGAAUACCAUGUGGGAUUUGUUUUCUUAUUUUUAACAAAUCGUGUCCCUACAAUAGUGCACGCAGACGUUUUUCUUUGCCAGAGAAACAGCAGCAUGUCAAGGUCACGCCAGCAGAGGGCACCAUCUGACUGCUACAGCAAGAGCACUGCAUGCACCAGUUACAGGUUAGAGUUGUCCACGAUGGGUGACCAGCCAUCAACUAACCGCCUUAUUGUUUGAUAAAACCUCCGCUGCCACCCUGCACUCACCUUCCUCUCCUGUGCUACUGUCAUGUUUCAAACCUUCAUAUCUGCUCAUGAUCCAAUAUGCAUCGAUCAAUUCCUUUAAGUAUGAGGGGACAGUAGAGGGUAGAUUCCCUAUAGGAGCCAGGGGACAGAGUUGCAUGCUGGCUUUGUUAAUUACAGUGGUGUGUGUGCGCGUGCGUGCGUGUGUUUUUGUGUGUACUUAUGUUCAUUCGUACACAUGCGUGUGUGUGUGGGUCUGUUUGUUUCUCUGUUCCUCACCCUUGUUAUGAUAACAAGCUGUUGUCUUUCCAAAGGAAUAGUCCCUAGGAGUAACUCUUUAACGCUGUUGCCCUGGUGUCAAGGGAGCACCUUUCUAGUACCUCAGUAACAGAUAUUGAAUGUACCGUGCAUACCCUUUUAUUUUUUGUACAGAUUUUCUAGAUACUACUUAAUAUUCUUUACCAGAAGGGUUGUUAAAUUGUAGCAGUAAUAAUAUAGUACAUAAAGGGCCCCAUGACAUAAAUUGACAAAAAAUCUUUGGAAGUACACUAUAGGUCACUCUACUCAGGCUUGACAACCAGUGCGUAUCAGUUUACCUUUAUUUUCCUAAAGUGGACACUGUCCAUUGUCAGACUGUAGCUGAUGUGGUUUGACCAACACCUUUUCCACUAACUAAUGAAAAAUAAGGAAACAACUCACAUUGAAGUCAUGCUCUGCUGUUUUUUUUUCUUAGAACAGUAGUAUGAUAUGGUAUUGUUUGUAUUCCACCCAUCAAAGUCCAGCUGUUUUCUCUGUACUGCAUGUGAGGUCAUUUUUAGGGGAAGUACUAUUGGCUUCAAAAAAGCGUGGACUUGCUGUUUUCCUCUGCUCCCUGGCCUUUUCACCCCUUCAGAGUUUUCAACCCAAGUUGCCAUUUCUGUUGUGGUCAGUUUCCAGUGAUGUACAGUUUCCCCUUCAGAGUCUAUGAGCGACACGGAGCAUGUCUGUGUCCUGAGAUGCUAGGCUUCCCUGUCACGUGAUGAGUAUAUAUUUUUAAAAAUAACCCCCAUAGUUCAGAUUAUGAGCAUAAUAGUAAUCUUAAAUUUUGCUGUUGAUGAUGAUUAUAAAUGUUUCUUUCAGUUCAGCUGUGCACUGUUAUGAAAACCAUUCUGUUUAAUUGUAGGAUUUCAUUAUGGAUAUGCUGUCUGUGUUCUACAUGUUGUACUGAAACAUUUCAGCGAAAACACAAGUUCCCUCUCUCCAGUUAAUUUCUUUUUUUAAAUUCGUCUUAUCCCAACUGUCUUUUCCAGCCGAUAUCCUCUGGGCCUUACUUAUUCUCUCCCUGUAAGUAGCUGUUAUAGAAAGUCGCCAUGGAACCACUCACUGCCUUAAUACAGUUGACCACAGUAGGUGAAGUCAGGAGACAAACACAGCUGAUAAAAAGGGCCACAGUCGAGGCCGCCUAAAGCUCCACACCUCGACAAGCCUCAAUCUGUGCACCUUGCAUUUCUCUUUUAGCGAUGAACCACAUUUGGUCUUGUGUCAGCAGUUUUUAGCUCAUUCUACAAACACGCAGAUUCAGUGUGAAUUCUUACUGUGCAUUAAUACCGUUUUUGUUUCCUAGCUCUUAAUAGUUAAAGUCAGCCCAGCAGCGUUUAAAGCACAGAGUGUCUGUUCACAAAGCCACAGCUGAUAUUUCACUCUUGGGUGUGAGAAUGCCCCCACCUCCCGCCCACCACCACCGUUCUGGGGCUCCAAAGCCUUUUUUUUCCUUCGCUGGCAGAGCCUCAGUGGGACUGGGAGGGGCAGGACGAAGCGGACACUGGUGUGGUCUGUCAAAAAAAAAUGAAAAUGUUGAGAAUCGGUCACUUUCUCUCUCAGGGGUCAAAUGCACACAUAUCCUCCAGCAGUCGCCCUCUGUCCUUUCUCAUGUCCCAAGUUUUUCUGGCAUCAGAAUGUAGAGCAGCUUUGUUUUUAGAAACCGCUUUCCCCCCUCGUUCCAGCCUUUUGUGCACAGGUCUGACUUUUAAUUCUGUUUCGCUUUCUUUUGGCACUGACAUCUAACAAGGAAUGAAUGGAUGAAUGUUUGAACGUGACUGUGUGUAAUGUUAAAUUUGGGAAAUGUAUUUUUACAACAUGUGAACAUUUUUUUUUUCCACUCACUCAUUGUGAUUUUUUUUUUCACCAGACUGCAAAAACAAACAAAAAAAACAAAGGAAAAAAAAACUCCUGUAACUAGGCUCUUAAGCUUUAUUUUUGUUUUUGUUUACUUUUUUAUUAGAAACAAUCAUGUUUGUGACGGUAACUUCCAAUGGUAAACUCCACAACAUAUUUUAAUAAAAUCUUAAAAAUUAAA